CAAAAGGAAGUGAAGAUCAAGCCAAAUACUUGCUACGUUCAACAUCCAUUGCAAUCGCCACUGCAGCAGCAGCAACAGCAAAUGCUGCCGGCCACAACAACGAUUGAAAUUGCGUCUCAUCAAAUAGUGCCAGUUCUGGAGUCGCAGCACCAGCAACAGCAUCACGCGCACAAUCAUUUACCAUCGAAUGGACAACACGUCAGCGCCGGUAAUGUCAUUUUGUCACAAAAUCGCACCAAUUUAGCGUCCGCUUCAGCUUACAAUGCGCAACGGAUUCUCGUGCAUAAUGCACCGUCCCGAGCCACAGUUGCCCAGCCGUAUAGGAAGAAGAGAACCCCCGCCACAGCGCAAGCUAUUCUUCCCAACAGGACGAGUGUACGGGUGCAGAAACUGGUCGCUAGCGGGCAACCGCCGUGCGCAUGCUGCAAGAAUGGUUUUCUACUAGCCCGUCGUCGAAGCCGCUUGCCCCGUUAGCCGAGGUUCCGCGAUACAUGGAAACGCUACUGAUGUGACGGAGUAGCAGCUUUUGUCUCUUGUUCCAGCGUUUGGAGUAGAAGAGACACGUUUGAUUUUGAACCGAAAUUUGUUCAAUUUUAAUUGUCCCAUGCUUUGCUUCAAUUUACAAGUUAAAGCUGGUUUUACAUUGAAGACAUUAUCAAACUGUAUCAAAUACAGGCGAACUCAACAUGAAUUACAAUAAGUUUUCAGUUGGCAUAGUUUACGCUAGGAAGAAGCGUAUUGAUUCGUUUUUUACGCAGCAAUUUAGCGUCAACCGAAUUUGUGACGUGCAUCUCUGCUAUACGAAUAACUGAACUGUAAUUGGAAAUUUAGAAUACUCUUACCGGGGCUGCUGUAGGUGGAUUAUUUGUUCAACGAAUGUUGAUCAUUUUUGUGUGCAGUACCGAUAGCGCAAAUAUUUGCUGUGUGUUGGAAACAAUGUAUUUUAAGUUACGUGAAAUAAAAUAAACGAAAAACUUUG